GAGUCUCUGUUUCUUGCAAGAUCAAAUUUUUGCUGUCCGAUGGAGCUUUCCCUCUGUUUUCUCUCAUGCCCAUGAGCAAGAAUCGUGCUCCCAUGUCGUUGUGGUCUUCUCGGAGUUUAGUUUGGUACUUGUAUCAAUGGCCUACGUCCCGCCCCAUAUGCGGACUUCCGAUGGCAACGCCAACGCCGGCCGGCGACCAACUCCGGAAAUGCCAGCUCCUCGGCGGACGAGAAAUCUCGAUCUGGGAUCUCUCAAACCGAAUGCUGACCGGAGCGGGAAGAUAGUUUAUGCGAACUCUGCGGUAUCUAAGUGGUUCGCCAUCGGUUUAGAUAAAGACGGGCGGGUCCCAGCUUCGGUUGCUCUGGAGCCGAUUCCGGUGGAUCAUGUUGAGCAGAUCAAAGGAGAGAAGCCACUAGCACUAGUCAAGAGUAAUGCAGGAAAUGAUGGUGGAAUGAAUCGGGAUAAUCUAGAGGAGCCCUGGGUUGACAUAGCUGAGAGAGUUUUGCCUGACCUGGUUUCUUCAUUUGAGAUUGUGAAGAGCAGUAGGGAGGGGCAGCACUUGGGGGGGACAAAACCAACCCUCGUUGCCAAAGUUGGAACGAUUCUCUUUCACAGGCACAGAAACAGUUCGAUCUCGGAAGACCAAGGAAGAGGUUUGCUGACAGAAUCCUUUCUGAGACAGUUCAAGAGGACUUUCUACACAAACGUUCCGGGCUCUUACAUGGAGAAUGUUGUGAAUGAUAUUGCCCCAAAGCUCGGAGUCGAGUUUGAGCAGAUAAAGGAUCUGUACAAUGUGAAGUUGUCCGAUAUAUCUCGACCCAAUGUAACUAUCUCGUGCAAAUGUAGAGUAUUAAAGGAAGAGCAAAGGCUCCAACUCUAUAAGAUCGAAAUGAACCCGGUUCGCCACAUGGUUGCUGAUAUCUCAUGCCUCAGCAAGUGUCUCGAUCUAAGGCUGAUGCUAUCUACCAAGACAAUCAUAACAGCUCUGAGUGAAGACGAGACGGUUGGAAUUGGAGAAUUGAUCGGUUCAGCUGUUUUGGAUCCCAACGUGAAGGGAGGGCUAAGAUGGCCUUUGGGGAAAGCUUCUUCUGGGGAUAGAUUCCGAGUAAUUGGAGUUUGGCACACAAUUUCUAGAGCUUAUGCAAGCCCCAUGUUCAGGUUAAAGGUUCGAAAUGCCGAUCGAUUCGAUUUCAAAACUUCAACUGGGGAAGCCACCGGGGAGGUCUCCCUGAAGCUGAAAGGACUGGCUUCCGAAUUACUGGGAUUGGAGCUCGACCUUGAAAUGAUCUAUGAUAUGCUUAUUGAUACAGUAAAGCUACUAUGGGAGCUUUUCUUGCACUGGGACAGGUUCUUGCUGUAAAUAUGCUUGCCCAAGAUCAAUCGAUGGAUGUCGUAAAUGCUAUAAAUCCUAGUUGGUGCUUCAAAACUUAUAGAAUAAAGCAUCUGUUUCCCUAUUCUUGUCGAUUCCUUGUUUUUCAUUUUCUUACGGGAUUCAUAAAGCUUCCUUUUA